AUGGAGAACGAACAGCAACAAGCUUCGACGAACUCUGUGUGCCGCGCGGGUUGCGGCUUCUUCGGUUCCUCGGCGACAGAAGGCUACUGCUCGAAAUGUUUCAAAGACACCCUGAAGCGCACACAGGACCCCGUCAGGCUUUCGUCUCCUGUUGUGUCGUCGAUGGCCGCCACCUCGUCCGCUCUUCAGUCAGACGCGUCGAGUGCCGAGACGUGCGCCAAAGCAUCGCUGGCCGCCGCGGAAGUGACAGCACAACUUGAAUCCCAAGAGGCUCUUAACCUUUCUACUAGAAUUACUGACGACGCAUCUGUCGAAAGCAAUGCCGCCACGACGUUGGUUGCAGAUGUUCCUGUCCCGGUGAAAAAAGCAAAUCGAUGCCUUCAGUGUAAAAAGCGGGUUGGAUUGACGGGUUUCACAUGCCGUUGCGGCGGAUUAUACUGCGGUGAGCACCGCUACGACAAGGCUCAUAACUGCGAUUUCGACUACAAGACGAUGGAGCGCGAGGCAAUUCGAAAAGCGAAUCCGGUGAUCGUGUCGGACAAAGUGCAACGAAUCUAA